AUGAGCAAGGAAAGUGCUCUGGCGCACUCGAUGCUUCGUCUGUUUGACCCCACAAUUGAACAACCCAAUGACACGGAAGAUGACUUCGACCUUGAAGGGGAAGACGACAACAUGAGACAGCAGCUGAACAACAUGAUUCCGAUUUAUUCCAAGCCAACUGUGGUGUAUUGUGUGUUGCCGGGGGAGUUUGAGUACUUGUGUGUGAGGAAGCCGGACUUACUGAAGAGGGUGGAAGAAGCUAGGAAGGAACCGAACUAUGGCAAAGAGUACGUCACUGGCUCUCUUGAAACAUCCGAGGAACCAACCAAAGGAGACAAGUCUGGCUACUUCAUGAUCCACGUGAACAACUACAGCACAGUGCAGACGGUGACUUGUGUGAAUAAGAGAGGGGAGGGACAUAAUGGGAGUAAGAGGAGUGCUCUGAGGAGUGGGAAUAUUCUGUGUCUGUAUGGGAAGAAUGAGAAGUUGCUGAAUAGGAUGGUGUCUAGAUUCGAAGAGGGUUUGAUAAAGGACUUCUACACAUACUUCGAGGAGCCCUGGGCCAUGGCUCUGUUCCACGACAGAUUCGAAGACCUCCUCCUCGAGAUCAGAGAGAUACUCACAAACCCACCUCCAGUUCAAAGUGGAGAUGAAGGUGAAGACGGCGAGAUGAAUUCGUUCACGCAGAAGGUCCGUGCCAUCAUCGAGGAAAACAUGGAGAUGAAGUCUGGAGAGUGGAACAAACUGAUGAAGGAGUUCCAGUCUGGAGGGUACAAGAAGAGUGUGGAGACCAGACUGCUGGCCUACUUGAGCUACAACUACUACCACCUGCCAAUGUAUGCCAAACCAGGCAUGCUGUAAAGGCAAUACUUGGAAGAAUGGAGUCAUAGAUAAUUGAAGAGAACAAAUUGAAAUGGCAAACUAGUUGACUAAACUCAAAAGUUAUGAUAUUGGAUACAGAGCUGGAGGACGUCAUAAUGAGCAUGACGUAAUAAUGUGCACAGAAUUGACACUGCUCCACAUUCUAAAAUUAAAUUCUAAAACCCCGGAUUUAGAGUUCACUGGUGUGAACACAAUAUCAUUACCGUCUAUUUACAGCACUGUGCCGGUUUUUGCAUACAUUUGAAUCAAUUGCUCUAAUUAGAGCUGACUUUUGACUAAUGGACUUAGCUACUCACAUAACUCCAUAAAAAUCAUGUUCGACGAUCAUGCAAUUUCAUGCGGUAUCAAAUAAAAAAACUAAAACUUAUCUCUGUAUGUGGGUGUUUAAGUUAGAACUAGAGACUGUUAUGUAAAUAUAUACAAAACCAUUAAAGUGUAUACUGUUAUGUAAAAUAUGAAAAUGUCUUAUAAUGUACAGAUUAUUGAGUCCAGCUUUUCUCGAACAAAUGCAGUUGCUUUCGCGUUUUAGCAUUCUUCUGUGUGUAGAUCAAAAACUCACGUGAUAAAUUCAAAUAAUGCGUCUCAACUGUUUAACCAAUAUUUGUGUAAAAUGUAAAAAUGUCUUUUACUGCACAGAUUUUUUAGUCCUGCUUUUGCUCGAACAAUUCGAAGUGUUUUCGCAUUCUAGCUUUCUUCUGUGUAUAGAUUAUAAACGUAGGUGAUAAAUCCAAAUAAUGCGUCUAAAAUUUAACCAAUUGAAAAAAGUCCAUCUAUUUUCUGAAUUUAAAUGUUUUUCUAUUA